AUGGAUGCCUACUUGAUGAUUCGCCGUCACAAGACGAUGAUCUUCACUGAGGUCAAAGAGACGACAACUGUGCAUGAGUUGAAAAAGGUGGUGGAGGGAUUACUGAAGAGGCCACCAGAGGAACAGCAACUCUACGAAGAUGACCAGUUGCUGGAUGAUGAUGAAGACCAUGGCUUAAGCAGCCAAACCUGCCGUGCUCAUGUUUCUGCUGCAGUGGGCUUGGCUUUAUUCAGAGCUGGCAAUGGCAUCUUUGAACAAUUGCGUAUUGACCCCUUCUCAAGCACCACAGAGCUACCUGAUGUUACGAAGUCACAGGAGACUGGUAACAGCUUUAGUGAGCAAGCCUUGCACUAA